GUUAUGGAAAUUUUCCAGCCUCCAGUUUCUUCAAACGUCCACAUUCACACUCAUACACAAACAGCCAUCUCUUGGUUCAGCUCUUUCUGUCAGCAUGAGUUAUCCACUGGUGAUUCUGCUCUGUGUGGGACUUCUACAGCAGACUGCGAGUGCCGUCCAGAUGGAUAAACUAGCAGACAACAAGAUGUGUGGAGAUGCAGAAUGCUCAUAUGUUGUAUCCAUGGCCACAGUCUUGGAUGACUUCGUAGCUCCAGACUGCAGAUUCAUCAACCUCAAGCUGGGUCAGAUGGUUUAUGUGUAUUCUAAACUCAUACCAGAGGAGGGAGCCGGAGUCUUCUGGUCUGGAAGUGUUUACAGUGAGCGUUAUGUGGACCAGAUGGGCAUCGUUGGAUACUUCCCUGCAACUAUGGUGAACGAGACUCAGACGUUUAUUGAAAACACCGUUAAGAUGCCCACAACUAACAUUGACUUCUACUGUGAUUAAGAUGUGACAGACUGAGGUUGCUUCGUUCUGCUUUAAGUGGCUCUCACUUUCAACAAAAGAAGAAAAAACAGUUCUUCUCUCAAGCCAGUGUCCGACCCUGUCCCAUUACAUCAUGUGGUGUUGUCUCCAGCUGGAGCAGAAACCUUGACACUCCAUAGCCCACAGCCUGACAUAUAUACCUGUCUGUCUUGCUUUGUUUAAACAAGUCACUCAAUAAACCCUUUUUUGCUAAA